CUUUCUGUUUUAAUCCUUAGGUGUGUGUUACGGAGAAUUCGGCGUUCGCGUUCCAAAGACAACAGGCUCCGCCUACAUGUACAGUUACGUCACAGUGGGAGAAUUCACAGCAUUCAUCAUUGGAUGGAAUUUAAUUCUGGAGUAUCUGAUUGGUACGGCGGCUGGCGCAAGCGCACUGAGUAGCUGUUUCGAUUCCCUCUUCCGGAACAAAAUUAGCACUUUUAUGAGAGACAAUGUCGGCGAAUUCGGUAUACAUGCCAAGACAUACCCCGAUCUAGUCGCCCUCGUAAUCGCCGUCAUCAUGACCCUCAUCGUCGCUGCGGGUGUCAAGAAAUCGGUCGUCUUUAAUAACGCCCUCAACGUUCUGAACAUGGCAGUUUGGGUGUUCAUGCUGGUAGCUGGCUUUUUCUUUAUCAAUGGAGAGAACUGGACAGAGAAAGGAUUUCUGCCCUAUGGUUUUUCGGGGGUAAUGACUGGAGCGGCUACAUGCUUCUACGCUUUCAUUGGUUUCGAUAUUAUAGCAACGACUGGUGAAGAGUCUAAGAACCCUAGCCGUUCUAUUCCUCUGGCUAUAAUGUUGUCUCUUCUCAUUUGUCUUGUUGGAUACGUGAGCGUGAGUUUCGUGCUAACCCUUGGUGUUCCAUACUAUGACAUCAGCUCGGAGUCACCUCUCAUGGACAUGUUCGUCCAAAACAACGCCGAGCCAGGCAAGUACGUGGUCGCAAUCGGGUCCAUCGCAGGACUGACGGUCAGUCUUCUCGGCUCACUCUUCCCAAUGCCGAGGGUCAUCUAUGCAAUGGCUACUGACGGUCUAUUGUUUAGGUUUCUAGGAAACAUCAAUGUGGUGACCAACACACCAGCGAUAGCCACAAUCAUCGCGGGUUUCCUGGCCGCCAUCAUGGCUCUCUUAGUAAGCUUAGGAGACCUGAUCGAGAUGAUGUCCAUCGGGACACUACUGGCCUAUACCCUGGUAUCCAUGUGCGUCCUGAUCCUCCGCUACCAACCCCACAUCGAACUCCAGGUCUCUAUCAACACCGGGCUGGCCUACGACACUCUCGACAACGAAGACGAUGACGAAAUCAGCGCACCACCGACCAAGGAAUCCACGAUGUCCGCAGCGGACCCAACUAUGCAGGGAUCGACGCUGCAAGAGGCAGGCCCCGAGCAGUUGCUGCCAAAGCUUGAUUCGCAGGGGACGCCGAUACAUAGCUCGGUGCCGAAGUACGGAGCAGUCGGGGAGGAAACGGACGACGAGUUCCGGACGUACAACCGAUGGAAUUUCUACCUCUCGCGCGCAAAGCAGGUGACGUAUUGUUACGCCGACAUCGUCCGUGUCAAGCUAGGGCUUCCUGAGACGACGUCCAUGCCGACAUCGAAUACGGGUCGGAGCGUUACGAUGUCGACACUGUUCCUGUUCAUUGUGUUGUUCUUAAUGUGCACCCUCAUCAUCCACGCUCGGAGGUUUCUCUCGGACUGGUGGGCCGUCAUCUUCAUGAUCAUCCUCUGCAUCCUCCUUCUCGGAACCAUCAUCAACAUCAUCCGAUUGCCGCAGAAUCCGGAACGUCUGAAGUUCAUGGCUCCCGGAGUGCCCUUCUUGCCUAUCUGCGCCAUGUUUGUUAAUGUCUAUCUCAUGUUAAAACUAUCGUAUCUAACCUGGAUCCGGUUUGCAAUCUGGCUUAUUGCAGGUCUUUUAAUUUAUUUUGGAUAUGGUAUUUGGAAUAGUAAUAUAGAGGCAAGGUUUCACGAUACAACCAGAAAAGGCAAAGAUGGAAAAGAGGCGAUUCUAAUGGAUACAAAUGAAGUAAAUAUGCCAACGGCACCCGUACUUAUCCCAGCCCACUCAACCUCAGAGCCCUCCAAGCCAGAGGAUAGUAUACCAGCCCCAGCUUCUUCUUCCGAUGAAUUCGAGACGCCUUAAAAAACCAUGUCUGAAUGAAUAUCAUUUACUACCACGAUAAUCGAUGCAUUCCCUAAGCGGUGUUCAGACUAGAGUUGAUAAACCAUUUUUAAGACAACCAUAGCCGUAUAUUUCACAAAUUUAGCUCAGUGGGCGUCGUGAUUCUUCAUAACAUACAAAUCAGUCAUGUCAGAAAUAUAUAUAUCAUUCACAUCAACAAUAAUGAAAUUAGAAGUACAUACAUCUGAGCUGGUUUUUUUGUAUCAAAUUGUGUUCUCACUUAAGAAAAACGGUACAAUUUCCCCCUUGAAAUCCAGCAUCACCGCACAUCAGGUAUGUUGCGGCGUAUCAGCUAUUUAUAGGACGUUUACGGUAUCUAGUCUGAACGACCCCUUUAUCGAGUUUCUACAUGUAUUCGAAUAUCAUGCAUGUAUUUACGUCUCUGUGUAUCUAAGACCCCUCUUUCAAGUGUAAAUGGUUAUGCGGCCAAAUUAAACCUUGCUUCGAAGUCAUGUUAUGAUAGUAUGUU